CGACCGUCAGCACUACACCGGCUUUUCUUCCACCUUAUUUAUUCUCUGCUCAACGCACUGGCUUGCAUGAUGACUUUGAGAAUCUUAGCCACCGGGCAGCACAUGACGAUGCUGUAUGAGUAAGCUUCUGAUAGCGUAUCGCUCGGGCACUGUGUCGCAGUCUGCCCACACUUCAACCAGCACGUCCUGAACGCAUCGAACGACCCUCACUCGGUUCUCAUUUCACAAAAUGGACACCCACCAGCGAACACGCCAGAGCAAACAGCCCCUCGUGCUCACCGCGCUCGGCACAGUCGUCGCUGCGUUCCUCUUCUGGGUGGCGUUCCUCCGACCCGCGCCCGCCCCUGCGCUGCCGGUCGUAACCAAGGCCGUUGCAGUGCUCAAAGGUGACUCGGGUGCGAGCGGCACAGUGACGUUUGCACAGACAGCGCCGACCGCGCCGGUCACGAUCACCGGCGAACUGCGCGGGCUCGACCCACGCGCGGAGCGGGGUUUCCACAUCCACACUUCCGGCGACCUCUCCGCCGGCUGCGUCUCUGCCGGAGCGCACUACAACCCUCUGGAAAAGACUCAUGGCGCGCCGACCGCUGAUGAGCGGCACAUCGGCGACCUCGGGAACGUUCUGAGCGACGCACAGGGCGCGGUGCAGCUAUCGAUGGAGGACAAGCUGAUUUCGCUGAACGGGCCGCUGAGCAUUGUCGGCCGUGCAGUCGUUCUUCACGCGGGAACAGACGAUCUGGGAAAGGGCGGAAACGAGGACUCAUUACAGACGGGCAACGCGGGUGGCCGUGUGGCCUGCGGUGUCAUUGGUAUCUCUCAGUAAUUGUUCACAGAUCCUGACCACGUCCUGUAAAACUUUGUAUGUCUCACAAAACAUCGGAUCUGCACUUCAUCUCGUCUCAUGCGGUUCCACUGCGUGGCUUUAUGUCUCAAUCGAUGGGAUACUGAAUGGGUA